AUGGAGAAGCUUGUUUCAAGCUGGUUCAGUAAUAAAACCUUGCCCCAGUCUUACAUAUUUCCCCCUGAAGCAAGGCCUGGGAACCAUGUCAUUCCUAGAUGCAAUACCAUUCCGGUAGUUGACCUCAGCAAGGCGUUGGCUCAUGACCGAAUUGUCAUAGUUCAACAGAUUCUGAAAGCUAGCCAAGAGUUCGGAUUUUUCCAGGUUGUUAACCAUGGAGUUCCAGAAAACCUGGUUACUGACACCAUGAAUGUCUUCAAGGAGUUCUUCGAGUUGCCUGCUGAGGACAAGGCCGGAAUCUACUCUGAGGAUCUGAAAAGGCCUUGCAGGCUUUACACAAGCAGUUCAAACUAUGAUCACGAAAAUGUUCACCUUUGGCGUGACAAUCUGAGACACCCUUGUCAUCCUUUAGAAGAUUGUAUCAAAAUUUGGCCUCUAAAGCCUACUAGAUAUAGGGAAAUUGUGGCUACAUACUCGAUUGAGGCAAAGAAACUAGGUCUAAGGAUCCUGGAGUUGCUUUCUGAAGGCUUGGGGCUUGGUUCAGGGUUCUUUGGGGAUAAACUAAGUGAAUCGUUGUUACUAUCAGUGAACCAUUACCCGCCAUGCCCGGAUCCAAGCUUGACCCUUGGAGUAUCUAGACAUUGUGACCCUAACCUUUUAACUAUUCUACAUCAGGGAGAUGUAUAUGGACUUCAAGUCUUCAAGGAUGGGGAAUGGAUUGGUGUGGAGCCUUUGCAUAAUGCAUUUGUGGUUAACAUAGGUCAUCAGUUGCAGAUUAUCAGUAACAACAAGCUGAAGAGUGCUGAGCAUCGGGCAGUGACGAACUCGAGAGUUGCUCGAACGACAGUGGCCUUUUUUAUUAACCCAUCUGAUGAUUGCGUUAUAGAGCCUGAUAAAUCUCUUAUUGACACCGAUGAGUCUCCGGCUUACAAGCCUUUCCAGUUCAAAGAGUUUCUGCUUAACUACUCAUCCUUGAUGGGGAACCCUGAAAAAUGCCUGGAACCCUUUGAACUACAUGCUUGA